AUGCCGCUGCCGCUGCUCUCUGACGACCCCCGCAAGAUCCGGCCAGCCCGGGCCCUUCUGGUGUCGAAGCCCGGAACUCCAUCCCAGCCUGACGGCGACUCGAGAAAGGGCUCGACUCCUCAGCUGCCGAGCCUGGUGAAGCUCAAAAAUCUCACACCGGCCCGGCAGCCCCCCAGUGCGAAAUGCGAGCGGAUGCAGACACCUGGGGCAGGUCUAUCUCUCGAAACCAUGGUCCCGCCGCCACGCACUCAGGCAUCCGAAGCUGCAGCGGACAGGGCUGCUGGUCAACAGCGCCCGUUGUCCGAGAACGAAAAUGAGCCCAGGCAGCUCUUGAACAAGCAUCAGCCUCUCAAGUCCGUUCGCGACCAGAGCCAGCCCGAGGACAUAGCGCAUCACGAGGGGCCCAAGUUCGAUGAGCGCCAGCACCAAAAUCGUUUCCUAGCCCUCGGGCGGUUUGGCCCAUCGAUACGAGACGGCGGCAUCGCUGAUGCAUCUGCUCCAGGACCAAACAUUGCGACUGCAGACGGAGGCUCAUCUCGCCGGGGCUCGUCGCCGCUCGUGACGCUCACCGACAGCCACGAUGUCAACAGCGAUCCUGCGAUCCAGCCUCUUGAGCCACGACCGCUAUCGUCGCUGAUGGAUCGUCGACUGCAUUUGAGUUCGUCGCAGCUUGGUGGAAAAUCCGCCAGGCACCAUAGCCAGAGUAAUUCGAACUUGGCGAGUGCCCAGUCGGCCCAGAACAUCGCGGGGCUGCUGGGACCUUAUGGCUCCCACCAUCGAUUGCCAACCGGCUCAUCAGACCAGCGCUUACAAAGGAGCCCCGGCUCCAACAUCCAUCUGGACCCUUCUGGAGGAGAGUCGAGCAAGCUGUCGAAAUCAUCGCUUCGGACGUCUGUUUCAUCGCUUGUGGAUGAAGUGGAUCCUCCCCAACAGCUUGAAACUGAGGGCACGAUGCAAACGUCUUCGGAAAAAUGGACUUAUGUGCUCCACCGAGUCAUGAAAAUGGUACGCAGCGUCUAUGCAUUCAAGGAUCCAGUUAACCCGGCAAACAAAUCCGCACUGCAGAACAUCUCGUCGAUCGGCACCGUGGUCGCAGCCAUGGAGUCCAACCUGCUCCCGACAAAUCCAAAUCGGAUCGUUACUCUGUCGGACCAGCUUCAUGAGAUGAAGGUCCGCAACGAGUCUCUGAUGGCCGCCAAGGUCAAGCACAUUGUAACAAUGCCACCAGCGAAUCGCACUGAUGACGAUCGCAAGUUGCUGGACCAACUGCUUUGUCGCCUGCCCUCCUUUUCAAAGUUCUCCCGCAAGCUCCGAAUGAACCUGGCCAAGAUCAUGCACUGGGAGUAUUUUGGGCCCGGACGGACCAUCAUUCGCCGCGGAUACCCGUCCAUCUCCAUGUACUUUAUCGUCACUGGACUUUGUCAAAGCACCACCCUGACCAACAUCAACGAACACAUCCAUCUCUCACCCGGCGACCAGUUUGGCGAGUUUUCCCUCUCCGCGCCGGGUGAGAUCCGAACCGUCACAGUGAGCAGCCUCAGCGCCGUGGAGCUCCUCCGCAUCGACAAGGACGAUUACAUUACAAUGUUUGGCGAAAACGACCCGGCCUCGAUUGGAAGCCGAGCGUCGUUUUUCCAGAAGCUACCCUAUUUCGCAUCGACAGAUGAGCUGUUGCUGUCGCGACUCUGCCAAGUCUCACACAUUGUCAAAUUCGAGCCGGGGGCCUCGAUUGUCAAGCCAGGCGGAGCCGGCCAUGAGCACGUAUUCAUUCUGCUUCGUGGGCAAUGCCGGGCCAUGCGGAUAGUUCCGUUUCUGAAGCUCUCAUCCUCAUCGCUUGCGCGGGAGCCGAUUCCGUAUCAGUUCGGAACCCAAGUUCCAGAGGGUUACGAGGUCGUCAACGAGGUGCUCGCCAUUGGUGAUCUGAUUCCUGGUGACUAUUUCCCGAAACUGCAUAUUCUCCAGGAAGACUCCUUCUACUACCGCAGCCAGGACGUCGAUAUCGCGAUUGUUAAUCUGCUGCUGGCGUUUGUACUCAAGUGUGCUGGCAUCACAGCCUGGCCCUCGCGUGAUUUCAACGCAAAUCCGGGGCUUCGGAACCACCGCAAGACUUCGAUGAUGGAAAACAUGGCAGCAGGGCUGGAUCUCUCCGUGAUCACGAUACAAAGGGUGGAGUGUGUCAUGUUUACCAAGCUCGAUUUCUUGCGAGCCAUCGAUCUCGAGUCUCUGAAAACCAUGAUCGAGCACGAGGGCUUGCUGGGGGUCUCAAUCUCGGAGCUUCAAGAAAAGUUCCUCACUCGUAAGAACUGGGAGGGGUACAAGCGCAAAGUGGUUGCUGAGAUUACAUCCAGUCUAAAAUGA